UCAGGGUAGCGACCCCCCCUCCUGGCUUUUUGGGCGGAUCUUCGUUGCUCUUCUCCACUCCUACUCUUGAGUUCACUACUUCUGCAGGCAGUAUUUCUCUGGCUACGCACGUGGAGCGAGUACUACAACAGCUGCGGUUUCACGCGCGCUCAUACCCGCUUUAUGCCUGCUUUUCCCCUGUCGUGUCUCGAGCCCAAUGCAGUCAACGGCGGCGCGUUUCAUGCGUUUUUCAGAGCCCUCGCGCGGAAGAAGAAACUUUUUUUUGUAAAGCUACAGACUUGCAGAGAAUGAGUCCCGCAUAACUUCGGGUAUUGCUGUUAUCUACCCCCUCCUUUCUCUCUCUUUUUCCCCCUGUCCCGCGUUCUCCAAGUUGAGUCAUUGCACAUAAGUAUGGUAGAUAAAGGCCCCUUGUUGACCUCUGCCAUUAUUUUUUACCUGUCCAUUGGGGCAGCAAUUUUUCAAGUCCUGGAGGAGCCCAAUUGGAAGGAGGCUGCAAAGAACUAUACCACCCAGAAGAAUAAAAUACUUAAGGACUAUCCCUGUCUGAGCGAUCGUGAUUUGGAGAAAAUAUUAGAGGUGGUGUCUGAUGCUUCAGGCCAAGGGGUCACGAUAACUGGCACCAAGCCCUUCAACAACUGGAACUGGCCAAAUGCUGUUAUCUUUGCCGCCACUGUUAUCACCACUAUCGGAUAUGGGAACAUUGCUCCUAAAACAUCAGCAGGCCGUGUAUUUUGCAUCUUCUACGGGCUCUUUGGGGUGCCUUUGUGUCUCACCUGGAUCAGUGAGCUAGGAAAGUUUUUCGGUGGCAGAGCCAAGCACCUGGGCCAGUAUCUCACCAAGAAAGGAUUUUCCCUGAGAAAGGCUCAGUUUACCUGCACAGCUAUAUUUCUGCUUUGGGGUGUUCUGAUCCAUUUAGUCCUUCCACCUUUUGUAUUUAUGUCCCAAGAGGGAUGGACAUAUAUUGAGGGCUUGUACUUCUCAUUUGUCACGUUGACCACGAUAGGUUUUGGGGACUUGGUAGCAGGUGUGGAACCAGAUAAAGAAUACCCAACUCUGUACCGUUACUUUGUGGAAGUGUGGAUUUAUCUGGGGUUGGCCUGGCUUUCCUUAUUCUUCAACUGGAAAGUACGAAUGGUGAUUGAGGCCCACAAGGCACUGAAGAAACGUCGUAAGCUGCGCAAGCUAUCGCUUGAUGAGCUCCGGCACUACAAAGAGUCUCACAAGGCUGCCCUCAGUUUGCCACCCACACCUAAUGACGUCAACAUCUUCAGCUUCCUGUCCAAGAAGCAGGAAGGCUAUAAUGACUUGAUAAAGCAGAUUGGCACCAAAAAAGAUAGCAGAAGGAACGGUGUUAGUGCCAACACCAUCAACAAAUCCAAAGACAUUGCUCGUUCCAAGAGCUGCAAUGAUGCUCCCAUGUUUAAUGGUCACACCAUCCUUAGUCUGGACCGUUCACCACGCCAAAAGAGACGUUAUAGUUUCAGUGACCGUGUCACUGUUGCUUUUUCAAAGUCCAAGAACUACCUCCUGGGCUCAGACAAUGGUUUGCUGCUAACAGAGGACCAAGCAGACGUUGACUUAGAACUUGACCAAGGCCAAAUGUUUGAGAACCAGCUUGACAAGGACGUAGACCUGGAGAACGGAGGGGUGGGAGAAUGCGGAGCAGGUGGUCGACGGGCAUGGGACUCAAAGGAGUACCAUCCCCUAACAUUCCAAAAUGCUAACAUUACUUUUAUAGAUGAGGAGAACUUUCUCAGCAAUAACCUGGAGGAGGAAGAUGAUGACGACGAUGCUGACUCAAAAGCAAAACUAUCCAUCACCACCUGUGAUGAAAACAUUGAAACAAACCCCCAGGAGGAGCAGAGUUCUGAGUCUGAAGGGUCUGUGUUCACCAGUGAUGGUUCAGAGCACAGCCACUCCUACGAGAAACUUGUAGAGGAAUAUGCGAAGGAAGAAAACACGGAAUCUUGAGGCAUUGUAGAGCCUCGAACUAUGUAAAGUCAACACACUUUCGGGUUCUCUGUCGUUGGCUUGGUUGGCAUUGAAGUAUAUGUAUAAUAAUGUGAAUUGUUUAAAAGAAAAUCAGAAAUCCCAUUGCACUUUUGGGGGUCUGAUAAUGAAAGACUGCAAAGCAUAGAUCAAAUUUCAAAUGAAUGUUCAGUUUAUAGCUGAGAAAAAAGGAUCCACAUUAUGAUGACUACUUAAGGUGGAGCUUCCUACAAACAUGAACUACAGAGCAUGACAUGUAACCCCAUGAGUAUUUAACAUCUACUCUAUUUAUAUCUUUUUAUACGGUUUCAGAAACUAUACGCCAAACAUUUAUUGUAAUGUCCAAACCAAGAACUAUUUACCAUGAGUGCUUUUUUCUAGGCUGAUAAGAAAUUCUAUGUGGAAGUAUAUUUGAUUCUGCAUAGUUUUUUCUAUGCUUACUCACCAUAUUGGUGUUUUUUUAAUAAUAUUUAUUAAAAUGAAGGACGUAGUAGCUUUUAUCAAUGGCUACAUGGGUUUAUAUGUCUCUUAUUGCACAAUUCCACCAAACGAGGACAGUUCAAAGUCCAUUUCAGUGCAGACUGUCUUUUUAGAACCUGAGCCAAACAUUUGUCCUUAAAGAAAAUGAAGGGGAUUCUGGGCCAAUUCUUUUUUGCUUUGGUAUUUCACGUGUUUCUUUUGUGAAGUCCUUGAUAACGUAUUGUAUGUGAAAUUUCUGUGUAUUUUGACUGUAAGCAAUAGAAAUGUGACUGCACUAGAGGUUAUCAGUAAUUCAUAGCAGCAUGUGGGUGUUUGGAACCAACUGAGAGUGAAGUUGGAAAGGAAAAUUUCAUGAACGAAGAAGCAUUUAUGGAAAAUCUGAAUAUCCUGCCAGAGAGACACUCUAUUUGUUUGAUUUGUUUCAACACUUCAACACACAGUUCCAAACUUUUUUGACUGCUUUAAAAUAAAAACUACUUUGGAAAUGAUCCUCCCAUUGUCACAUACAGUAGACGCCUCUCACAUUAACCUCGAUUUGGUUUAGUGGACACAUUUUAUUGUUGUUUUGCUGCUGACACCAUGUCAAGUGUCGGUCUGCGGCUUCUGGGCACUCUACCAUGGCAGUGCGUAAUGGAAACGAAACUUUUUGCUGCAACGAUAAUCUCACUUUUUGUCUCCUUCGCACCCUCUCACUUCAUUGUAUUUGCCAUGUAAAUAUUGGCUGGAAGCCCAUCAGUAGCCACAAACACAGCUCUGCUCAGGACAUGGCCUUGCUGCUCAUGUUUGCCUUUGGGGGCUCGCACUGGCAUGAAAGACUGAAGCACCGCUCAUGACAGCCAUCCAAGGUUAAAUUGUAACAGAUCAAUGCCCUUUUGACGUAUGUUUCAGUCAUGAGACACAAAGUAGACAGGCUCCCGAUUACUGUAUAGUACCCCCCCCUUUCAUGUGUACACAAAACUCAAGGGACCAAAAUAUGUCCAUUGCUUUUCACAGUCUCAAUUUUGAAAAGGCCCUUGGUUACCCUGCUCACCCGCUGCCUUUUGCACACGUUAACUUGCACACAAAAACUUGAAACAGUGUUACUUUGAAUAGUAAAAUGGCAGUGUCACACAGGGAUCCUUUCAAUUUAGAACUCCAUAUUCAAGCCAGUUCAACAAUAUGCUGUAAAUAUAGUCCAAUAUUUGUAUUUUUUUUAACGAACAAACAGACCACACCUUAACUCCUAACUCUGCCUUACAGAUGACUUCUAUCGACAAUGCCUUAAAUCCACAGCAAAGCAGAGGAUAUACAGUACAAUGUAACAUCUAUUGAAUGUACCAAUAAUGGUUCACUGAAAGAUUUCUUCUUUCACACUGGGUGUUUGGGGUUUUUCCCCCUCUUUGUUUUGUCACAGGGCCACCACUUUAGUCUUACGUGAAUAUUCCUCCUUCACUGGUUGUUGUGUUGGUUCAGCAUUGUUAUACAGCCAUGGUACUUGUCUGAACCGAAUAUCAAGUUUAUCUCUUCAUUGUUGACUAAAAGAACAGGUUAGGCUGGUUCAACCCAUUGUCCCAAGCUUUUGUCUUUAAUGUUGCUCCAUUGUGUAAAACUCCAGUAGAGUUGUGUUUUUGGUUGUCUUUUUUUAUUGUUAAAUUAUUUAUGUUUGUAAAAGUUUGCAUGUGAAUUCCAAACAAGACAAUAUAUUUCAUGUAAAUAAACAUUUAAUAAAAA